GCCCCUGUGCUCUCCCAGGUCCCAUCCUGCCCCUGGUCCCCAGCCCCUUGGCAGGGGGUGCAGGCAGUGGUGAGGUGCCCAGUAACUGCUCUGCUGACCUGGCAGCGCUUGAGCCUGUCCCAAAGGCACUCGCUGCCUGUGCCUCAGUUUCCCCUGGUGAGCAGGGUGAGGGGGCUCCUGGGAGGCGGGGGCUGUGCUGCACCCUGGAGGCCAUGUCUCCGGCUGGAUGACCACAGUGUGGGUACCCGGCAUGGUGCAGGGAGCUGGCAUAGAGCAGGGAUCUGGCACGGUGCACAGGACCCGGCACGGUGCACGGGAUCCGACACAACCCCAGGCUGAAGGAGGGGGCUGAGACACUGGGGUGGGCAGGGGGUGACUGGGAAGCCAAGGGCUGCCAGCAGCCCCCAGCCCUGCCAGCAGCCCCCUGCUCAGCGCCCCCACCACCCCUGGCGAGGUCCCGGCUGUGCUCCGUGGGCAGGGCAGGAUGAGACCCAGGUCGUGGGAACCUCCCGUGGGAAGAGGGGACGGGACCGUGCCCAGGGCUCGGCUGAGGCCAGCACUGCCCGCCUCUGCCCCGGGGAGGAUGCAACCGUGCCAGCCCCGGAGCCGCUGGCUGCUGGCCGCGGGCCUUGGCGGCGCGUCCGUCCAUCUGUCCGCAGGGACCAGCGCUGGACAAGCGUGGCCCCGCUCCGCCCUGGGCGGCCCCGGAGAGGAGGGGCUCGCCGCCCCCUCGCCGGCCGGCCAUGGGAGGCUGGGCCGUCGGCGGGUUUUAACGGGCUGUGCCGGGGCUGUGCGGCAGAGCGGGAGGACUGCGGCUGGCCGGGAGGAUGCAGCCGGACCUCCCCGUCGGCGACACGGCGCUGCGCAGCCCGCCGGCCCCCGAGCCAGACGGUGGCCCCUUCCCCAACUCCGAGGCCACCAAGCCACCCUACAGCUACAUCGCCCUCAUCACCAUGGCCAUCCAGAGCGCGCCUGAGAAGCGCAUCACGCUCAGCGGCAUCUACCGCUACAUCAUGGGCCGCUUCACCUUCUACCGCGAGAACAAGCAGGGCUGGCAGAACAGCAUCCGCCACAACCUCUCCCUUAACGAGUGCUUCGUCAAGGUGCCCCGCGACGACAAGAAGCCGGGCAAGGGCAACUACUGGACACUCGACCCCGAUUGCUACAACAUGUUCGAGAACGGCAGCUUCUUGCGGCGACGCCGACGUUUCACCAGGAAGAGGGGCCUCCGGGAUGCACCGGGCACCGAGGGGGACGAGGGGCGCGGGAAGACACCCAGGCAACGGGCGCGGGGGCUGCCCGCUGCCCCACUGCCCGAGGAGGGGAAGGCAGAGGGGGGCUAUGCCUCACCGGUGGCCACGGGGCGCCUGCCAAGCCCCGCCACGCUGCCCGAGGGUGCCGGGGUGCCGGGGUGCAUUGAGCCCUGCACUCGCCGGCAGCCGCCCAAGGCCAGGCAGCCCUGCCUGUACCUGCCGGACACGCCGCAGCCUAAAGGGCCAUUCUUCACCCCGCCGGAGAGCCGCCCGCCCAAGGAGACUGUCUUCGGGGGGCUCCCGGCGGCGCUGCAGCUGCCCCGGCCAGGUCAGUACCCGCUGCCCGCUGAGCGCCCGGCGCCGCACCCUGCCCUGCUGCCCACCCUGCUGCCCGCCCAGCCCAGGGAACCCCCGCAGGACUCCCCGGCGCCCCCAGGAACCCCCCCGGGGCAGCUGGAGGGUGAGGAGCCGACAGCCUCCGGGCUGGGACCAGGCCAGCCCUUUGGGCAGGUGCCUCCCGCAUUCCCGGGCACCCUCCUGGGCACAGGCAGGACAGGGGGGUCCUGCUUCCUGGAGGGGGAGGGCUAUGCACAGACCCCCCUGCCCGUUUUCGGUUCCUUUGGCCGGUCAGGGCCCGAGGCGCUGGGCAGCAGCUACCAAUGCCGGGUGCAGGCGCUGAGCUUCUGCAUGAAGGAGCGGCCAUGCGGUGCAGCACUGGAGCAUCUCCUGGCUGCGGCCCCCCCAGCCCCUGCUGCCCACCGCCAGCCGACCUUCGGGGCCACGGGUCUGCGGGCAGGUGAGCAGAAGGAGCCAUGGGGGCCGGGGGGCACCAUCCCACUGCAGGGUGGGAACGGCUACCCCCUGGGUCUGCCCCCCUGCCUCUACCGGACACCCGGCAUGUUCUUCUUCGAGUGAGGGACUGGCUCACCCCGGAACACCCCCAGCCCCGGCACCAAAUAAAGCACGUUCCCCAACGCUGCCUCUGUGGUCUCUGCACCCUGUUCGGGGUGGACAGUGGGCAGGGGUGAGCUGGGGAC